ACGAGUUGUGUAAUGAUGACCAAUGGGCAAAAUUAGAGGGCAGACGUAUUGUAGAUCUCAAACAUAUUUUUCAAUCUUUACAGUCUAUACAACACUUGGGAUUUGAUUGUUCAUUUAGAGAUUUAGAGUUUGUGAGAGAAAAUAGAAAGGGAUACUACAGUACAUUUCAGUUUAAUUGUAAAGUGUGUGGUUUAAAAGAACAAAUAGAUAGUGAAAAUGUUAACAUUAACAUGGCAAUAGUAAGUGCUACUGUAAAUGCUGGUCAAGGGUACAGCCAACUCGACGAAUUUUCUGCAACAUUAAUAACAUAUGCCAAAUAUGUCCAACCGAUUAUAUCAAGAACUUCAUUCGAAAAUUUUUAUGUAUGUUCAUGACAUAGCUUGGAAAGAAAUGGAAUUAGCAGGGCAAGAAGAAAAAAGAUUAGCGAUCGAAAAAAAAUGCCCAGCAAGUGCCAAAGAUAUGACUCCAGAAGAAGGAAUAAAUAGUAAAAAAAUAAAGAGUUGUAAAAUAUUAGAUGACAAAUUGCAUUUGAAAAGAACAGAUAAUUACUAUUAUCAAGUGCAGGGUCAACUUCACAUUACUCGCAGAAUGUAUUCUUAUUUUUGUAUUUGGACACCGAAAGGAUUUUUAUUCGAGAUAAUUAAAAGAGACGAUAGUUUUUGGAAUGAAAAAAUGGCAACUCAGCUUACCACAUUUUAUAUGGACUUUCUGUUAAAACAGUUAAUAAAAGAUGAAUAUUAA